AGAACGCAGCUGGUGAACAGCAAGCUGACUGAGAUUAUUAAACCUGUAACUACCAUAAAGAGACGGCCACCAUCGUGAGCGGGCACUGCGCUCUUGGACGCAGCAGGACGGUACCGGGGAAGGGGAACUGUGCCAGACGUAAGAAUGAGCUGCCCAUCACCUUCCUCUGGGGCUGGUGGUACAGACCUGCGGCUCAACGUCCUGCUGCUGGGCGGCCCCCAGAGCGGGAAGAGUGCCACGGGGAACACGCUGCUGGGCAGCCACGACUUCUCCAGCCGGCUGUCCCCCGCCGCGGUCACCACUGAUUGUAGGCUCCUGCGCCGGGUCAUGCCCGCCUUCCUGCGCCGGCAGGGGGGUCAGGCGGCACUGCACCUCUCUGUGCUGGACACCCCCGCCUACCCCAACCUUUUGCUGAGCCCGGAGGAGGUGAAGCACACUGUGGCCCAAGCUGUGGAGCAGGGCUUCAACGGCAGCCCCCAUGUCCUGCUGCUGGUCCUGCGGGCCGACACGCCCCCCUGUGACGCGACGGGCCAGCUGACACGCUUCGCUGAGGAUCUCUUUGGCCCCGAGUGGAGAGGCCACACCCUGCUGGCGCUCAGCCACGGCGACCGUGUGGACCAGGCCCAUCUCGGGUCCACCGAGUACCUCACGCAGGCUUCUGGCACCUUCCAGGCCCUGCUGGAAACUGUCGAACACCGACACCACUUUGUGGACAACGCAGCACUCUGGCUCAGUACAGAGGGACGCCCCCUGCUGGAAAAACUAGUGCUGCUCACCAGGAAAAACAAAUACAGAGGACUUCAGCUAAAGAGCGUCUGAGUGCUGUGACUAAAAGACACUUCACUUAGGGAGCGAUGUUACUGCCUUUAGUCAGGGAACAUGGACACUGUACUAAGAGAACCCCAGAGUUGAGCAGAACUGCCUGUGUGUGAACAGGUGAAUACUGCAAGGUCCUUUGACAGACAAGGUAAACUGAUAAUGCCCUCAGUGUCUCACAUUCAAAUUUAAAAAUGUCCUCUUGAUUUUAAUUUUAUUUAAUUUACUUCACAUGGUGAUAACAGGGUGUGUCUAAGAUGAUGUAUUUCUAUGUUAAUGCUGUUGUCCAAAUUAAAGUUUCUGCUCACCAGUCACA